AUAAGUGGGUCCUUAUUUCAUGAUCUCCAACUAUAAAUGAAAUUUCACUCUCUUCUUUUCUUCUCAUUUAACUGGUUUGUCUUCAGCCAUUUUUUCACAAUCCUCUCAACUCAUCACUCUCCACUCUCCACUCUCUACUUUCACUUCCCAAAAUUCCCAAAAAAAAAACCUAAUUCCCAUCACCAUCAUCAUUGAUGGAGCAUCAUUCCUUCUCUUCCCAUCCAAAUUCAGGCAAUUCCUCCCCUCAAUCUCGCGAAUUGCUCGACAAUGACAAUCGUUCAUCAUUCGAUGAACUGCCGUUAUCUUCCAACGGUUACAAAGUCAAGCUCAUGAUCAGCUACGGUGGAAAAAUCCAACCUAGGUCACACGACAAUCACUUUUCAUACAUCGGCGGCGACACCAAAAUCCUCGCCGUAGAUCGCACUGUCAAAUUAUCCACUCUCAUUGUUAAGCUCUCAUCAAUGGCGAAUUCCGACGUCUGCUUCAAAUACCAACUCCCCGGUGAAGAUCUUGAUGCUUUGAUCUCAGUUACCAAUGAAGAAGAUCUCGAUCAAAUGAUGAUCGAGUACGAUCGUCUCUUUCGCGCUUCACCUAAACCAGCGAGGAUGAGGCUCUUCAUUUUUCCAAUCCCUAACAAAAAUGCAAAUGCAUCUUCUGGUUCUUCCGCCUCUGCGAUCAAUCUCACUGCCGCGGAGGACUCCAAAUCGGAAGGUAAUUGGUUCGUUGAAGCUCUCAAUUCCGUUCACGUUCAGCCGUUGGAAGAUUCUUCUCCGCCGCCAACUACGAAUCCGGAUUACCUGUUUGGAUUAGAUAAGCCGUACUCCGCGGCAAAUCAGGCGGAAUUCCCGGCGACGGUUCCGGAUUUCGCGGCGAAAGACAUGGAAUGUGGGCCCGAGACGGUUAGAGAAACCGAGAUUCAUGAAGUGCAGGCUGCGAAUAAUGAACAGCAAAUGAAAAGUGACGGAGAAAAAGGAAGAAUUAACGGCGAUGUUGACUGUUACACUACGGAAAAAGUGACGCCGUUAGUUACUAAUGUACCUGCUCAUCAUACUCAAGUUCAACUUCAUUCCGGUUCGAUUCCGGUUCAUGCUCGUGGACCGGUUCCGGUUCAUGUUUCUGGACCGGUUCAUGUUUCUGGACCGGUUCCGGUUCAUGUUUCUGGACCGGUUCCGGUUCAGUCAUCGCUUUCACCAGAAAGGUAUAAUGUGGCUAGUGGUUACUCGAUGGGGUAUCCAAAUGAAGUGUCACCGGUUUAUCUGAUCCAAACAGCUUCAGGAUUCUACCAAGCAGUGAGGCCAGUAACCGGACCUACCGGUCAACCUGUUUAUUUCGCAUAUUCACCAAUUGUGAACAAUGUUGCUUACAGUAAUGGUUCAGAUUUACCUGAUGUGGUUUCCGAGCGUAGAUAUUCGUAUUUCCCUGACAGGUCAGCAUUGCCACGGCAGGCGGCGGCACCGGGUGGUGACGGCUGGAAUUGACGGCGGACGAGUUUUUUUUUGCUGGAAGCUGUGGUUUAAGUGUUCUUUUGAUGUGUGUGCGUGAUGUGAUAUAUACUGCAUGUAUAAAAGAUUCAUUCAAUUUCUUGGUUUUGGAAUCACUAUCUGUUGGUGGUGAUAUUUUUUGGUUUUUUUCUUUCUUUUUUAUUAUUGGGAAUAUUUUGGUGUCAAAGAACAUUGAUUCUUGUGGAUAUAGGUGCAUAUUCGAAAAGAAUUCUGAAAUCGUUUUUAAUUCGAAAAAAAAAAGAAA